AAAACGGUGAAGCUUAUGUUACGCCCACCGCGGGUGAGCAGAGAGAAUUCCCAAGGAAAGACCGAAGACUCGGAACCAGUACACCACUACACCAGCUUUCCUUCUCUCCUACUCUCGCUUCUGCGGCGAAUUUUCUUGGCCCGCGCCGGCCGCCGUGGCUACCCUGCGCCACCGCCCCCUUCCGACGCCUUCCGGGAAGACAAAAGGUCUUGGCUAAGUUUGAACAUGUCGUGCUUGGCAUGCUGUGGAGGCGAAGAUACUCAAAGAACACCUGAUAAUGGAGGUCCAUACCCUGGUGGCUACCCAGCAAGGGAUGAUGCUUAUCGCACUGCUGAUCCAACUCCCAGGGGUGCUCAACCUUUGAAAGUGCAGCCAAUUGCUGUCCCCACUAUUCCUGUAGAAGAAAUUAGAGAGGUCACAAAGGCUUUUGGCGAUGAAGCUUUGAUUGGCGAGGGGUCUUUUGGCAGAGUAUAUUUUGGUGUACUAGAAAAUGGUAGGAGUGCUGCGAUAAAAAAGUUAGAUUCAAGCAAGCAGCCAGAGCAAGAGUUUUUAGCACAGGUCUCCAUGGUGUCAAGGCUUAAGCAUGACAAUGUCGUAGAGUUGCUUGGUUACUGUGUUGAUGGGAACACCCGCAUCCUUGCUUAUGAAUUUGCUACUAUGGGUUCUCUUCACGAUAUGCUUCAUGGACGCAAAGGUGUGAAAGGAGCUCAGCCUGGUCCAGUCUUGUCCUGGAUACAACGAGUGAAGAUUGCUGUUGGAGCAGCAAAAGGCCUCGAGUAUCUUCAUGAGAAAGCGCAGCCUCAUAUCAUACACAGGGACAUAAAGUCCAGCAAUGUUCUUCUAUUUGAUAAUGAUGUAUCCAAAAUAGCUGAUUUUGAUUUGUCAAACCAAGCUCCUGAUAUGGCAGCUCGACUUCAUUCGACCAGGGUUCUUGGAACAUUUGGCUAUCAUGCACCUGAGUAUGCAAUGACUGGACAACUUAGCUCUAAGAGUGACGUCUACAGUUUUGGAGUUGUUCUUCUGGAGCUCCUGACUGGAAGAAAGCCUGUGGAUCAUACAUUACCAAGAGGACAGCAAAGCCUUGUGACAUGGGCAACUCCACGGCUUAGUGAAGAUAAAGUUAGGCAAUGUGUUGAUUCAAGACUUGGAGGAGAAUAUCCUCCUAAAUCUGUUGCAAAGUUUGCAGCUGUUGCUGCACUCUGUGUGCAAUAUGAAGCUGACUUUCGACCAAACAUGAGCAUCGUGGUGAAGGCGCUCCAGCCCCUGCUGAAUGCACGUGCAUCCAACAACCCUGGAUGAAUGAAUGACUGCCGUUGCUUUUACCUGACGAGAGUAUCAGAAUCAGACAAAUCAUGCAGCAUUGAAUUAAGAUAAAUAUGGUGUUUGGCUUAUACACUUGACCCUGGAUGUUCAUCAGGAGAUAAUCUCUUGCAGUUUCUGGAUGUUACCUACUAGUGUCUGUAUCCUGAGUGCCAUAGACUAUAAACUGUGACCUAUUGUUCGGUUGCAUUCCAUCUGGUGUCGGUUAGAUCCAUGAGGUCAAGCAGCAUCCAGUUUGAGGAUCCAGUAAAAUUCCUCAUUGUAGCCUCCGAUUCAAAAUGAUUCGUUACAGUUAAUACAUGGUCUGGCUUUCUGUUAUCACCA